AUGCCUACCCCGGAAGCGGCUGUACUUCGACCCGUCGAUCCCUCCAUUACCGACUCGGAUGACUGGGAUAUAUUCAUACUGAGCGAUGCACGCAUCACAUACGAAAGCAAUGGCAAGCCCGCGAGUCUGUUGGCUGCGUACGCCGAUACCCCGCUGAAAGUGGAGGGCCUUUUGGAGACUCCAGGUAGAGAGCAAUGUCACUACCUCCUCAAGAAACCGUACAAGCCCAUGGAAAUCGAAAUACGAAAUGUCAAUCGCUUCUCGUAUGGGGAAAUGAACGAUGGUACACUUGCUCUCUGGGCAGAAGGCGGCGCAGGCUGGUUCCAGAUACAACCCGCACCACAGUACAAGGCCAUUUACGAUGGCAUGAUAUGCGCCGUACAAAUCCUCUAUUUUGUCACCGACAUAUAUAAAGAGCCGCGUAAGAAAGGAGGUGGGCCAAGCGCUCAACUGGUGUUCCAAGAGUAUGCAGAAGACGCACGGUUCCCAUGCAACAAUCCCGUUGUAGCAGAAGCUAUCUUUGAGGAGCACCAUCUCUUUCUGAUGAUGUGCUUUCUCAAUCGAGCGAAUGGCAUUGGUUGGAGCAACACACCACUGUAUCAGUAUUUUAGACGAAGACAUCCGAAAGAUUUCGAGAUGUGUAAAGCGCGCAUUGAAGGUCGUUAUGUGGAUAUACGACCGUCAAACCCGGCCCCAGCAACAGCGCCAGUGACGGAUACCAUCACAACUCAUCCAGCGCGCUCACGAGCUUUAACAGGAAAGACUGCGGCACCCAAGGUAGAUGAAGCCCCACCCAAAAAGGACGAGAACUGGUGGGAGGCAGCUGCAUUAUUCGAAUUCGUGCAGAAAAUCGUGAACCAGCGUGUUCUGCGAGUUGGGAAGAACCAAAUAACCCUGGAACGAGUCGCAGAGCUCAUUGUCAGGCGCUACGAGAUCGAGGAAGUGCAAAUGGCUCAGCACGUCUUGCUGGUGCAUGCAGAGAAUUUGUGCUAUAUGAUGGCGCACCCGCGGCGGAAAAGCAUCAGCUACUUCACCUCGGAACCAAUAUAUCAUACGCUGGUUGCUGGCCAUAAUCUCUCGGCAGCCGAACAACGAAGAGCAGGGGCUGUGGAGCUACGGCCACGUAAAGACCACGCAACGCUCAGAGGUGAUGCCAGUGACUCCUCGGAUACGUCCGACGAGGAGGAAGAUGAUGAUGUGAUCACAACACCGAUUCGCCGGCCUCCUGGUCGGCGGAAGAAUGGAAGAUUGUCAGUCUUACGACCUAGGAGCAGCAAUUUCUCGGUCAAGAGGCAGGGCGAGAGUACGAAAAGCGCCAGAGGCGUUGCUGGCAAAGGGAAAGCGCCUGUCCUUGACCAAGGGGUACCGAGCGAGGAAUCUGAUGAAAGUGAGAACAGCAGCAGCGACGACGAAAUGGCCAUGGAUACGCCCACACAAGCCCUGUCCCCCGGGCGAGAAAAACGAAAACUCGACACAACACACGACCACCUCAACGACGAUGGAGAACCCACACGCCGAAAACGCAGCAACAGCGCAGCUUGCACGCCCGCUUCCCCACCUUCAUCCGCCCACUUGAGCGACAACGACCAGACCCAAGCCGUAGCCGUACCCCCUCUUCCCCUCCGCAAACCACCGCCUUCCGGCCAACCAGGCAUACUAACGCACACCGUCACCACCCCAUUACCCACCUACGAAUCCAACGGGCCCCGCGACUCGUGGAUCUGCAGCUUCGAUGGCUGUUCGCAGCGCAUCUAUGGCUGCAGCAAGGAGCUGGGGCGCCAAUUGAUUACAGAGCAUCUCGAGGAUCAUACCAAGGGUACGGAGAAGGUGGUGGGUAUCUUGUGGCGCGAGCAGGAUCGGUUGAAUUUGCCUGUUAGCAAUUUGAUCAAGAAGAUUCGCGAAAUGGGGGAUGCAAAGGCGGGGCUUUUUCCUGCUCUGGGUGGACAGAAGGUUGAGCCUGUGCGGCGGGGUUUGUAG